CCGCCGCCGUCCCGGCGUGCCCCGCGCGGCGCUGUGCUGGGGCCGCUCUGGCUCGGCCGCCUCACCGUGCCCGCUGCCAGCGCCGGCGGGAAGAUGGCGGCGGAGGCGGCGGAUUCCUGGGACGCCGACAGCUUCGAGGUGGUGGAGCCGGUGGCGAAGCGGCUGGUGCCGGGAGUGGCCGGAGACCGCUGGGCCGGCGAGGAUGAGGAGGACGACGUGAAGGAUAACUGGGAUGAUGAGGAGGAAGAGGAGGAGGUGAAGGAGACAGAGGUAAAACAAGAACUCAAGGUUUCAGAAAAAAAGAAAAUAGCAGAAAAAAUAAAAGAAAAAGAAAAGCUACAGAAGAAAAAGCAAGAGGAGCUCAAGAAAAGGUUAGAGGCACCAGAGGAACAGAAGGAGCUUACACCAGAAGAACAGUUAGCAGAUAAACUACGACUAAAGAAAUUACAAGAGGAGUCAGACCUUGAGUUAGCAAAAGAAACAUUUGGUGUAAAUAACACUUGUGGAAUAGAUGCCAUGAAUCCCUCUUCAAAAGAUGACUUCACGGAAUUUGGGAAGCUGCUGAAAGAGAAGAUCACACAGUAUGAGAAGUCCUUACACUACGGGAGCUUUUUGGAAGCCUUAGUGCGAGAUGUGUGCAUUUCAUUGGAAGUUGAUGAUUUGAAAAAGAUCACAAAUACUUUGACAGUACUAUGCAGUGAAAAGCAAAAACAAGAAAAGCAGAAUAAAGCCAAAAAGAAGAAAAAAGGUGUUGUUCCUGGAGGUGGCUUAAAGGCUACGAUGAAAGAUGACCUGGCUGAUUAUGGAGGAUAUGAUGGAGAAUAUGUACAAGACUUUGAAGACUUCAUGUGACAUUUAUCUCCCCUUCUGUUGUCUUUCUGUUGCCCAUAAUCCCUUAAACAUGUAGCACAACUUUUCUUCCUUUAAAUUCUGCCAAAUGCUACAAUCAGACUUGCAGUGUCACUGUGCUGGUGGUUCAACUCCUGACGGGGCCGUGCUGAAGCCUCCCUGCUCUGUGGGCAGGGGUUAGAAUGAAGACACUUAAAAGCUAUGGAAAUUGCAGUUAAAACCCCCCAAAAUUCUGAUAAUGGGAGCUGUUGCUAUUUGAUGUUAUAGGAACAGCCACUAAAUUGUAACUGAGUCCCAGCACAGCCCAGUGUUAUUACCAGCACAGUUCAGUAACAUGGCCUUAACUGUACCUCCCAGAACGAGCUGUUUGAGGAGCAGAAGCAGUUUGCAGCAAGGGCAUGGUGUGCACUUAGUAUUGCUUUGUCUUGAGUUUUAGAGCUUGAGGUUUUCAGCAUCUUGUGAGAGGGAACAGUGACCUGCAGGAGGCUGCACCUGGGGAGGGGUCCUGGGAGGCACCCACUGCUGCAGAGCUUUCCCUCAGAGCAGCACCCGUGGUGGGCAGGGCCAGGGGAGAGUUGCUUGUUUGGAAAAAAAACAAACCACCAAACCUAUUUGUGUCUUGAGUAUAAAGUUUAGUUUCCAUUCAUCUGAAUUUCUACUAAUGCAGCUGUAUGGGUUGGGUUUUCUUUAACAGUAAUUGCCUGGUUUAAGUGUAAGAAAACAAGACUUCCUUUUGGUCUCUCCUGGGUUGUGGUAAAUCUCUCACAACUCAGCCAUUUUCUUUCAUUUAAAAAAAAAAAAAAGAA